CCGCUCCGCUCCCCGCUCCCCUUCGCCUCUCCGGCUCCCUGCGUCCCUCCCUCUUCCCUCUCAGUUUGUUACCGACCCAGCAGCCCGGUCCCCUCCGCGCAGCGCCGCGGGCACUCCACCCCCCGCACGCCAGAUGGGGUCCCGGAUCGGAGCCCGCACGCCUGGCCGAAGGGUCUGGAUUUAGAGCCACCUGAUCUAAGGGCUCAGCAUCCAAGGCAAGAAGCAGCUGCUGUAGCUGGAACCCCUGAGCUGAUGAGUCUUAUUAUAGACUGGCUGGCUGAAGACAGAGCGUCAAGUUUCACCUCCAAGGCAACAGUGGGGGUGGAAGCAGGGGGCCUCCUGGUGGCUCACGCAGGACCAGUCAGGGGACUCUGUGAAGGGCCUGGCCUCUGGCUCCCAGGUGCCAUGGAUUGACAGGCAGUGCACACCAAGGGGCUUCUCUGUCCCCAGAGCUGCAGAGAGCCGUGGGGUUCACCAUGCCGGCACUGGGCAGUGUCCCUGAGCAGAGGGCCAGACUAGGCCUGCAGUGGCGGCAGGCCUCCUGGAUCACCUGCUGGAUUGCCCUGUACGCCGUGGAGGCCCUCCCCACCUGUCCCUUCUCCUGCACCUGUGAUGGCCGCAGCCUGGAGGUGGACUGCAGUGGCCUGGGCCUCACCUCUGUGCCCCCAGAUGUGCCUGCUGCCACCCGCAGUCUCUUGCUCUUGAACAAUAAACUGAGUGCCCUGCCAAGCUGGGCUUUUGCCAACCUGUCCAGCCUGCAGCGGCUGGACCUGUCCAACAACUUCCUGGACCAGCUACCCCGCUCCAUUUUCGAGGACCUGACCAAUCUGACUGAGCUGCAGCUGCGUAAUAACAGCAUCAGGACCCUGGACAGAGACCUGCUGCAGCAUGCCCCACUGCUCCGCCACCUGGACCUGUCCAUCAACGGCCUGGCCCAGCUGCCCCCGGGGCUGUUCGAUGGACUCCCUGCUCUGCGCUCCCUCUCACUCCGUUCUAACCGUUUGCAGAACCUGGACCGGCUGACAUUUGAGCCCCUGGCCAGCCUGCAGCUGCUGCAGGUGGGGGACAACCCCUGGGAGUGUGACUGCAACCUACGUGAAUUCAAACACUGGAUGGAGUGGUUCUCCUACCGAGGGGGGCGCCUGGACCAGCUUGCCUGCACCCUGCCAAAGGAGCUGCGGGGGAAGGACAUGCGUGCCGUCCCCAUGGAGAUGUUUAACUACUGCUCCCGGCUGGAGGACGAGAACAGUUCCACUGGGCUGGAUGCUCCUGGACCACCUUGCACCAAGGCCAUGCCAGAACCUGUGAAACCCAAGCCUGGGGCUGAGCCGGAGCCGGAGCCCAGUACGGCCUGUCCCCAGAAGCAGAGGUACCGGCCAGUGAGCGUACGGCGAGCCAUUGGCACAGUGAUCAUUGCAGGCGUCGUCUGUGGCAUCGUCUGCAUCAUGAUGGUGGUAGCUGCUGCCUACGGCUGCAUCUACGCAUCCCUCAUGGCCAAGUACCACCGGGAGCUUAAGAAGCGACAGCCCCUGAUGGGGGACCCUGAGGGCGAGCAUGAAGACCAGAAGCAGAUCUCUUCUGUGGCUUGAGAGCCGCCCCCCAGAAACCGGGCCCGGGGAGCGCACACUGGGGACUGGCCCUUCCCUCCACCUGGCCUCCACCUGACAGUGCCCACUGCCUCCCCAUUCCAUCUUCUCCCGGCUCUCUAGCAGAGUGGCCACACAGGACCAGCUCCAGGAACUUCAAAUCUCCCCAGAGGCCGCCACUGUGCUGACGGCUCCUCUCUGAAGUCUUUGGAACACCUGGGUGCUCUCCCUUGAAGACCUCUGGUCUCAAGGAAGAAAGGAUGUGAGUACAAGGGAAGCCUUCACUGAGCACUCCCCUUUCACUCUCUGGCCCUGGGGACCGUCCCAGUGGGGGUGACUCUCCUAUCAUUUGCUCAUCCCCGCCUGGUCUGCACUUAGGGCUUGGGAAGUGAGUGACC